GGGUGGAUAAGUGGGUGAAAGGUGCAGCAGGUUAGAGUGACAGCGGCUCAGUGACGCGUCACACACACACACUCACACACUAGGAGCAGCACAGCGGAAACCAAAAAUGUCGAAACAGCCGCAGCCGAUCAGCCCGCUGAAGAACUUCUUCGCCGGGGGGUUCGGAGGAGUCUGCCUGGUGUUCGCCGGACAUCCACUGGACACCAUCAAGGUGCGUUUACAAACUCAGGCCAAACCCAAACCUGGAGAGAAACUCAUAUAUGGAGGAACAAUCGACUGUUUCAAGAAGACCUUGGCCAAAGAGGGUGUGAAAGGGCUCUAUAAAGGCAUGGCGGCCCCGCUCAUUGGGGUCGCACCCAUGUUUGCCGUGUGUUUCUUUGGAUUCGGACUUGGCAAGAAGCUCCAACAGAGAACUCCUGAUGAAAUCCUCUCGUAUCAACAGCUGUUUGCUGCGGGGAUGAUGUCCGGCGUGUUCACCACGGCCAUCAUGGCUCCCGGAGAGAGAAUCAAAUGCCUCCUACAGAUCCAGGCAGCAACUGGUGAGGUGAAGUAUGCUGGACCCAUGGACUGCGUCAAACAGCUGUACAGAGAGUUUGGGAUCAGAGGAGUCUACAAAGGCACAGCUCUGACUCUCAUGAGAGACGUUCCAGCGAGCGGGAUGUACUUCAUGUCCUAUGAGUGGCUGAAGAAUCUCCUCACGCCAGCAGGGAAAAGCCACAACGAGCUCAGCAUUCCCAGUGUGCUGUUCGCCGGAGGAAUGGCCGGGAUCUUUAACUGGGCCGUCGCAAUUCCGGCCGACGUCCUCAAGUCUCGUUUCCAGACAGCUCCUGAGGGAAAAUAUCCCAACGGCGUCCGGGACGUCCUGCGGGAGCUGAUACGAGAAGAGGGCGUGGCCUCGCUGUAUAAAGGCUUCAACGCCGUCAUGCUUCGAGCUUUCCCCGCAAACGCAGCUUGUUUCUUAGGUUUUGAAAUGGCAAUGAAGUUCUUGAACUGGUUAGCACCAAACCACUGAUGAAGGAUCAGCGUCAGCUCAUAUGUGAAUCCCGGGAAACAGAACUGUGUAACACAAAGACAAAAUUGUUGCCAGUACACACACACACACACACACACACACAUACACACAAAGAAUCAAACGAAACAAAGAGAUUGUUAACAAUGAUUUACUUGAUUAUCUUUAAAAUCACGUGGUACUGUCGAGCACGCGGGGGGGUCAGACCUGCUUAUGGUGCAGUGCAGAGAUGUUGUCAUGACUCUGCACCACCAGUGCACUUAACACACACAGACAGACGAAUGUUUUCACUCCUUUUUGUUUUACUUGUUUUAGAGUUUCUAAUUCUGUUGUCUUUUUUUUUCACAAGAGACAAGAUGUAAACUGAACACGUUGUGCCUUACCUUCUGUUAUCUGCGAGCAGGUGUACAUAUCAGGGAAAAGGUGCACUUAGUUUUGCAGUGUGUGUUCAGUCUCUCAGCAAUACAAACCUCUCAGUCCUUCCUUCAUCGUGUACGGUCACACUCAGUGACCUCUGAUACCAACUGUUUUAUUGUUUGUUGAAGUAGUGGUUAUAAAAUGAAAUUAACAGUAUGUGAGUGUUGGCAUGUAAAGAAUAAAAAUGUUAAUCCAUAUUUAGAAA